AAACCCUAACCACCAUAUCAUCUUGGCACCACCACCGGCAACACUAAACAACCACCAUCUCCAUUUCAUCUCUAUAACCUACCCUCUAUCCAACACCGCCGGCACCAAGCAAACCCCCAACACCACCAUCACUGAAACUCUCUCUAACUCUACCCUCUCUCUUCUCUACUUAUCAGUUCAGCUAAACUUUAAUAAAAUGGCGAUCCAGCCACCAUCUUAGCUGUUCGGCGACGUGUUUCUCCGUCUAUAACACUGCCGGAAACUUCUUGAUCGACGGCGAUUAUUUUCUAUUCAAUAACAGAUUAUGCUCUUCCUAAGAAGAUGCAAUCAACUUCUUCAAGCUCCUCAACAACUUACAUUGUUCGUCAACAUUGGUUUCCGGUUUUAUUCGUCGGAUUCGGAGUUUGAAAUCAAGAAAAUCACCAAGAUCAUCAACGACCACCCUUUUCCCGACCAACCAGUUCAUCCUACGCUUGCCCAAGUUAUCCCUUCGGCAACCAUUUCAACCUCUUUUGUAGAAAAUAUUCUCGGUCGUCUUUUCGCAACCCACUCUAACGGCCUUAAAGCAUUCGAAUUCUUCAAAUUCUCCCUCCAAUUUCCCCAAUUUACCCCCACUUCAGAUACAUUUGAAAAGACACUUCAUAUAUUAACGCGAAUGCGCCAUUUCACCAAGGCCUGGGAUCUAAUCGAUGAAAUUCAGAAAACACACCCUUCGUUGAUCAGCCUCAAAUCAAUGAGCAUCAUGCUGUCAAGAAUUGCAAAGUUCCAGUCUUUUGAUGAAACCCUUGAAGCAUUUGAGAAGUUGGAGGAUAAAUUAUCCGAUGGAAAACAAUUCGGUACCGAUGAAUUUAAUCUUCUUCUACGAGCAUUCUGCACACAGAGGCAAAUGAAGGAAGCUAAAUCGGUAUUCAAUAAGUUGUAUUCUCGAUUCUCACCGACCACCAAAACGAUGAAUAUUUUGCUCUUGGGAUUUAAAGAAUCCGGUGAUGUUACUUCUGUAGAACUUUUUUACCAUGAAAUGAUUCGAAGAGGUUUCAAGCCCGACAAUGUAACUUAUAAUAUCAGAAUUGAUUCUUACUGCAAGAGGGGCCGUUUCUUAGACGGGUUACGACUUCUUGAAGAAAUGGAGCAAGCUAACUGCUUUCCCACGUUAAAGACGAUAACCACUUUGAUCCAUGGAGCCGGUAUUGCUCAAAACACAAACAAGGCACGCCAGCUGUUCGAUGAAAUCCCUAAGAGAAAAUUACUACCGGAUUCUGGCGCAUACAACGCCUUAAUGUCCGCUUACAUCAGAUCAGGGGAUGUGAAGUCCGCAACUAGGCUAAUGGACGAAAUGGAAGAAAAUAAUCUUCUUCAUGAUGAUGUUACAUUUCAUACAAUGUUCUCGGGAUUGAUGAAUUCAAACAGAAUUGAUGGUGUUCUCGGGCUUUAUCGCAAGAUGAUUGAUAGAAACUUUGUGCCCAAAACACCAACAGUAGUAAUGUUAAUGAAGUUCUUUUGCAAAAAGCGAAAGUGCGAUGAGGCGUUUGGUUUUUGGAAUUACUUAAUUGAGAGUGGGUAUUGUCCACACAGUCAUGCAACGGAUGUGUUAUUAAGAAGCUUGUGCUCGCAUGGAAGGGUAGAACAAGCUUUCGGGUGCUCUGUACAAAUUCUUGAAAAAGGGAGGCAUUUAAGUAAGAAUAGUUUUCGUGUUUUAGAAAAGUAUUUAACGGAAAUUAAUGACGAGGAUAAGUUAAGGAAGCUUAACGAGAUGAUUAAGAAACUUCACACCGCGCUACCUGCAUCAAAAGGGCAUGCCAUUGGCAUUUCUGACCCCAAUCAGGACCGUUUAGCAUUAAUAUAAAUUUCAUCAGAUUCUUGAAGUGGGUGGAUUGUCGGGUUACCUGCUUGUUUGGGACGAAAUUCUCGUGUUUGGUUAUGGAAUUCUGCUCAAGAGGCCAGGAUCUGAUAAGAGACCUGCUAGCAAAAGAACUGCGGAAAAUAGCCACAGAUUGGUGUGUGCAUAAACCGAGCCGCUGAGAUCAAACAUCAUUGGUUCUUUAAAGGUGUUACUUUGGGAUUAAAUGUUGUACAAGCCCGCUCGAAAUGCGUAGAACGUUUACGUUGGAAGGAUUCCUGGGUUCUUAGUAUAAUCUUGAAUUUGAUCUAUUUUGGGAGUGACAUAUAAGUUUGUAAUGUUUUUGUUUAUAUUUUUGUGUAAGAUUUGAUUGGAUAAAAAACUAAAAACACAUUUUCAAGACAAUUUUUUUUAAUUGAAAUCUACAUGUGGAUUGUGAUGCUUGUAACA